AUGGCCGUUGUACACGCAUUUCAGCAGCAAGGCGCAUUUGAUGCCUGUCAUGGGUCCAUGAUUCAAGUCAGGGAGAGUGCAUUGACGACGAGGUUAAAAGAAAAGGACAGCCCUGAUUGCCGUAAGAACAUGCUACAUGGACUCCAAGCCCACGAUUCAAGAACGCGCCUUGACAGGAAGCUGAACAUGGCGGUGCCUGUCAAAAUCCUCUCUACCAAAAUUUCUGCGGAUUUCCAAACGCCGCUCAUUUUUGACGAGACGUUUGGUCUGCCAGAUUCUGCAGGGCCGCUUUUUGGUGAGGAGUGCACAGACGGCCUCUCGGCCAAGUCUGCUUCCUUUUUCUCCAUGAUGUCAGGCUACGAGAAGUCUCAACCAGGGGAUCUACUUGAGUAUGGAACAUCAGGCGCCCUGCACGAUCCUUCCGCUUUCGGCCCCUUUGCGCAGCCACAAUACGCUCCACAGUUGCUCUACUCAUCCUCAGUAGCCGACAAUAAUCAGGACGCAGGUGACUCCCACUAUGGCCCCGGCACCAAUUUCUCUGGCCAACAGCAGGUCGUUGAGGACUCUCGCAUAGACAUACUUGAUCAACGGUUCCGCCAAUUCCCACAAAUCACUUCCUGUUCUCCGCUACAAGGUCUUGAGGGCUCAACUAUCAACAUAUACAUGCACUCAGGCCAUGAUCUGAGAACCUCGCCUGAAAUAACGUUCACUUUGGCCUUUGCUUCCAAGCGUGUGGAGUGUGCCCUCGAACUGCAGAGCGAUCCUAACGUCUUACCCAAGCAAUACCUUAUCUCAGCCGAGGUCCCUCCUUUCACGUCUACUGGAUGGCAUGCAUUUGAAGUUCCCUUGCACAUCAUGAUGGAGAUCGGUAACCCCGUUAUCUCCCGUCCGUUUUGCGACCUUGGCGCCUUCCGCUACGCCAAUCAGAUCAUCUCACAGGUCUCGUCACGGAAGCGUAGGCUUUCGUCAGAUUCUGAAGAUGCAGCUCACCAUGCUUCAAAGAAGUCAUCCGUGCACCAAGGGCAACCCGAGCGAUCAUCCGAGAACAGAGUCUAUAAUACAUCGCCCUAUUCGCCAUUCGUCUCAACACCGAUUGUCGGCUCUCUAUCACACAAUGGAAAUGCCCAGGGAAACUCCCCACGAGUACCAGGUCACAAAUACUCUGCCUCUGUCGCAUCUGCCGCCUCCGUUAAAGCUCAGUCGCCUCAGACGCCGCCAUCAUUGAGUCCCUCGUUCACACCUGUGAACGCCGUCAACGGGGCUCCGAAGUCCUCUGCCACGCCUUCUCAAGCCUCAACGGUAGAUGCACCUACGGGAAAGACGCCUGCCUUGAUCCGCACAUCUACCAUUCAACAAGCGUCUGCAUCCAUGAGCUCAGCCGCUGCUUCACAUUCUUUCAACCCUUAUGCCAUGUAUCCCUCCAAAGCAGUCCUGAAACUUAAUGGCGAACUUGACUCUAUGGUAGAGGGCUGGAAUAUGGAGGAAUGGGAAGCUAAGCGCCGCCUUGUUCAAUUCACGCGUCAGCAAAAUCAAAGCACUAUCCACGCCGACUUUAAGGCUGUUGCGCCAGAAGAUCGUCAGCCAAACAGCAUUUGCAUCAGCUGCAUCUGGUGGGACGAGAAGAAAGACUACUUUGUCACCAGCGUUGAUACCAUCUUCUUGCUUGAAUCACUGGUGGCCGUGCGCUUUACCGUCGAGGAGAAGAACCGAAUUCGGCGUAAUCUCGAGGGGUUUCGACCAUUGACGGUAUCAAAGUCGAAACCUGACAGCGAAGAGUUUUUCAAAGUGAUCAUGGGAUUUCCAAGUCCGAAGCCUCGAAACAUCGAGAAGGAUGUCAAGGUGUUUCCAUGGAAGAUCCUUGCACAUGCUCUUAAAAAGAUCAUCGGCAAAUACUCCGCAAGUUACUCGUCCACUGCGAGUGCUCUCCCAACUCCGAUGAACUCGCACUACACUAGCAAUGGUGCUUCUGAUUCUGGCACCGAUGUUCGAGCGUCUAUUUCUCCCCAGCUCAAUGGCCUGAACCGUGGUGCAUCUCCAUACCCCAUGUCUACAGCAUCCUUCUCACCUCACUUGCCCCAACAAAGAGUGGCUGUCCCAAUCACUAGUGGUCCGCCGACAGACCUCCGCCUACAAGUUCAUUCGAUGGUUCCUGGCUAUUCCUACCCUGCCACGCAUUCCCAUCAACAGAUGUCGCAGUAUGCUCAAGCCCUGCGUAGCUCAUCUCAGCCCAUGACUGCACCGCCAGCUUCUGGUCGCGUUCUUGGAUCUUGGGACAACGGCGACUACAGUACCUUCGAAAGCGGUGGUCAGGAUCCUAGCGCCGCCAACAUCAAUGCCUACAACUAUAACCGCGUUGUCGACAUGCCUACAUCGCAAGCUUACAUGCCGUCUACCUCCUAUCCUCUGUCUCACUCCGGCUCGUGA